GCCAGUGCCUCGUCACUCCACUUAUAAACUGGCACUUGUGAUGUCACAUUCUCGCGAGAUGAGAUUUGCGACGCUGAUGUCUUGUGUCUGGAGGAGCUGGCCGGCAGUAGCCGAGGAGCUACACAUUUAAACAGCGAUCGGGGAUAUUCCAACAGUGACCCGGGGCAGCCAGUUGUGUUAUGAAAAUCGGGAAAGUCGUGGUACUGUUGGGCGGUAUGGAGCUGCGGUAUUCCGGGAACUCAACGCCAACAGGUUUUCUUCCAAUUGUCUGAAGGAUGAACCAUUCCUUAGAAAAUUCCAUUCCCUAUGAAGAUUAUUUGAGAAUGAAAGCUCAAACCAUACCGCCACAUCGUAUGAAAGAGUUUUUGGACUCUCUUAGUGCUAAAGGAAGUGAGGAAAUGCAGCAGUUUGUACAUUCUCCGAUUUCAGUAUAUCAACAACGGAAUCAUUAUUUUUACAUGGACAGCACAGAUGUGGCAGGCUCUUUGUUGGAGCUGGCAAGGCCCAUUGCAUCCCCUUUGCAGCAUACAGUUAGCUCUGGCGUUCCUCUCGAUCAGCAUCACAUUCCAGUUCACCACGUUUCACUACGACAGGGUCACCAUGUAGAUAUUCAGUCAAAUCAAUCUGCUAAGCCUAUGCAGCAGCAAGUAGAAGGGCAGCCAGUUUCUGAAGAACAAAGUGCUAGCAUUGUUGGUUCAUCUAACUCUCAAGAAAAAAGACCAUGCUUAACAGGACUAUCUCAGCCAGUAAAAAAGAGAAAAUUUGACUUGCCUGUUGAAAACUGCUAUUCUGUAAAUCAUGCGGCCUUACAGAGUGCAUCUGCUGCUGCUGCAGUACUGGCAUUACCUGUGCAGAGCCAGCAACAGGCCUAUAUUCCGCUUCGUCAAGAGCUGUUAACUGUGGAUAGUAGCCAGUUGUAUGGACUAGUGCCAGCUAGUACAUCAGCAUCUAGUCAGUUGCCCAAUGUUGAAUCAUGGGCAAUAUUUUCUGCACAUGCAACAUGUCCUGAAUCUCAGACUAUUAUGCAUACCUCUGUUCCUCAGGACACCUGUGGUAUUGUCCAAAUGGGAGAGAUUCCAAUGACCACAAGUAGCAUUAAGGUAGAAGAAAGUAAAGAGAACUUUGAAGCAAAAAAAUCUAAUACAGAGAAAACUGUACAUGCUCCAAGCACUUCAGGCUUCCCUAUGCAGUUGAUUAAUAUGAAUGGGAAUAUCCCAAUAUCUUUGUCUGUACAGAGUACAGCAAGAGGGUAUCAGCCAUCAAAAUACUGGGAUCAACAAGUUCAGUCUGAAGGCCUACAGAGCUCUCCAUCUGAAUCGCACCUACGAUUGCAAAAUAAUGCAGAUUUUCCAUGCACCCUCAAGCCUGAGGAAGGGGCUUUAUUUUGGAAGAGUUGGGCACAGAUAAAAAAUGCAGAAACCAUGAAGGAAAUGGAAAACAAGUUGCCAUGUUUUGAAAGAAGAAAACCAAUCAUUUUUAAGGAAGAUAUUCUUUCAGUGCCAAUAGCAGAUUUAAAUUAUGGACUGUGCCUAAUGACCAAAGAGGCUAGAAAGCAUGAUGGUUCUACUUAUGAUGCUGAUAUGUUGUUCUAUUUAUUUCUGUGUAUGCAAAAGCACAUGUUCAACAAUAACAGAAUCGAUAACGUCUUUGCCGAUCUUUACUACUCAAAGUUUUUGGAAAAACUUCAUGAAGUACUUAAGGAAUGGUGCCCAAGAGUAAACCCAUUUGGUUACAUCAUUUCCAGUUGUAUUACUGAAGAAAUGUUAUGGGACUGUAAACAACUUGGUGCCCAUUCACCAACUACUCUUCUUUUCACACUUAUGUAUUUUAACACUAAGUAUUUUAUUUUAAAAACUGUAGAACAGCAUUCACAGCUGGCUUUCUCCAAAAUAACAAAGCAGACCAGGAAGAAUCCUGGAAUUGGAAAAGAUAAGAACUGCACUAUACGUUUUCUGAGGCUGUAUGGCCAAGUUCAGAGUGGUUUGAAAGUUACUGAAGAAACCUACGUGGAACAACUCGAAAACCCUGAUAACCCACUGCAGUGCCCUAUCAAGUUAUAUGAUUUCUAUCGCUUUAAAUGUCCACAAGGUAUGAGGGGACCGACAGAUGCCUUCUACUUAGUUCCUGAACCAGUAGUAGCCCCAAACAGCCCUAUCUGGUAUUCUGGACAGCCUGUAAAUAAGGAAGUGAUGGAGCAAAUGCUAACUCGAAUAUUACUGGUUAAAGAUGUUCAGGAAGCACAUGUUUCUUCCCAUAUUUCUGCAUAUUAAUUCACCUGCCUGUAUAACAAUGUUAUAAUAAUAAAAUGUGUAUACACUUUAUUUGUAAAGCAUGAAGAACUGUAGAUUAUGUACUUUACUGUACUUUAUUCCACAGGAUAAGCUGAUUGCUUUGCGUAUACAAAGCAUUUACUGACCACGAUAUAUGUUAAACCUUUUGCAAUGUAAGAAAAAAAGCACAUAGAUUUAGGAUGUUUUGAUCUAAUUUAUGCUUCCUCUAUCCUGAACACUCUAUAACUCUGUAUGUACAGGGCUGAAAUCACACAUAUAUAAAUAUAUAUAUAUGGAGUAGUUACACUCCGGCUUAAUCAUUCGAUUUUGUUGUUUUGUAAAUAUUUUUCUUUAGGUAUCUUUACAUAAAACAAUGACAUAAUAAGGUCAACCCUUAAGGUCUUCUAAUUCUAAAAUAUGUACUGUAUCAUGUGAAAGACUUUAUGUAUGGAAUUGUUUGUUGGUAAUAAGCGCUUAAUUUGUAUACCUUAUUAAUCUGUUUAGUGCAAUGCAGCCAUAAACAUGUUCUUAAUGAGACAUGCUAAAAAGAUGGUACUGUUUUUCCUUUAUAAAGGAUAAUGCUUCCAUGACCUACAAUCCAGGAUGCCAAACUGAAAAAAAUGUCAGAUAUAGACAUUUCAAAUUUUUUUUUUUUUUUUUUAAUUAAAAUUAAGUUGAAAUUGUAGUUAUGGGAAGCGUCGAUUUUUGGAAUAUUUCCAGCUUUUGUGUUUUUGAUGUUGUGAGUGUAAAGGUCACUAGAAAUCUGACACUUUUCGGUCCACACCUACUUUUCUGCAUGCACAGAAGAAUUGCACAUCAUGCUGAGAAACUAUACAACCUUACCUCAAAUCCACUUCUGCUGUGCCUUAAAACAAUCCAGGCACUUGGAUUUCUUUCAAUAGUGACUGUAAUGUAACAUUUGAUUGUGUUUUUAGUAAGUUCACUUUUACAGGGAGAUAUGUAUAUUUUCACAGAAAAAUCAACAUGGAAAUCACUGAAUAAUAGGAAAAAUGAGUGUUAUAAUCUGAUGUAUGCUAGAUUUGACUUCUUUGUUAUUUAAUACAGACUGAGCACUAAUUUUCAUUUGAAAUAAAACUGAAAUGGAAUGUGUUAUGUUGGCUUUAUAACUGGAA